GCCCUUCACUUUCUCGAGUCUCUGCUCUGUCUCCGUUUCUUACGGACCUCAGCUAAUCACUCUCUCAUCAGUCUCUCCCUCUCUCUCUCACUCCUCCCAAUAGCAAUGGCCCUGGAGAUCUGCGUCAAGGCCGCCUCCGGCGCCCCCGACAAGCUCGGAGACUGUCCGUUCUGUCAGCGGGUUCUCUUGACUCUGGAGGAGAAGAAAGUCCCCUACAAGAUGCACCUCGUCAACCUCAGUGAGAAGCCCCAGUGGUUCGUGGACGUCAAUCCAGAAGGGAAGGUGCCCCUCAUCAAGAUCGACGAUAAAUGGGUGUCUGACUCUGAUGUGAUUGUUGGGAUUCUUGAGGAGAAGUACCCUGAACCAUCCCUGGCUACUCCUCCUGAAUUUACCUCAGUGGGCUCCAAGAUAUUCAUGUCCUUUGUGAAGUUCUUGAAGAGCAAAGAUGCCAGUGAUGGGAGUGAGCAGGCUCUACUCGAUGAACUGAAGGCCCUGGAUGAUCAUCUCAAGGCUCAUGGCCCAUACGUUGCCGGGGCUAAGAUAACUGCUGUUGACUUGAGCCUGGGACCAAAGCUGUACCAUCUUGAGAUUGCUCUUGGUCACUUCAAGAAGUGGACUGUCCCUGAAAACUUGACCCAUGUCCACAAUUAUACGAAGUUGAUCUUUUCUCGGGAGUCCUUUGUGAAGACCAAUGUUCCGAAAGAGUUCGUGGUUGCAGGGUGGGCGCUGAAGGUCAAUGCAUGAAUUAGCUGUACUAGUAGACUGUAAGAGCUUUUUGUGAGCGCACUUUCUUGUUGAAAGUCUGGUAGAGAGCUAUGCAUGUGAGCAAUUGAAUAAAUGAGUGUGGGUUGGGUCUUUUACCAUUGCUUGCACUCAGUAAAUGAUUGUCAAGAUUCGAAUCUAUAAUAUAUCACUAGCUUCCCUUUUUGAGUUU